AUGAAGUGAAUGAACAUUUUUUUUAUUUUAAUUUAAAAUAAUUACAUGUCUAUUUGGUUACAAGUUACUAGUUAGUAGUUUUUAAAUUAAUACACUAAUAGUCUAAAUAGGUACGUCAAAAGAGGCUAAAUAUCUGUCCAGAAAUAGUGAAAUUGUAAUAGAUAAGAUUUCAUUUUUUAAUGAUAAUGCGUGGAGCUUUGAGGAAUAAACGUUCUUUGUCUGAUAAAAUUGGUUCUAACAAACUUGAAAAUAAUGUGCAAGUUAUCAAAAAGAGAAAACAUUUGACAAUAAAAUCUGAUACUAAUGAAAUAACUUCAAAUUCUGAUUGGAAGCCACCAAAUUGGGAAAAGACGUUGGAUGACAUAAGAAAAAUGCGUAAAGAUAUUGUUGCACCUGUAGACAAUAUGGGAUGUGAUCAAGCUGCUGACCUAAAUGAAUCACCAGAAGUGAUUAGAUAUCAUGUAUUAAUUUCAUUAAUGUUAUCAAGUCAAACAAAAGAUGAAGUUAAUUUUGCAGCUAUGCAACGUUUGAAACAGCAUGGCUUGACUGUUGACAAUAUUUUGGAAAUUACUGAUGAUCAUUUGGGAAAACUUAUAUAUCCUGUUGGAUUUUGGAAGAGGAAAGUUCAGUACAUCAAACGCACAACUCGUAUAUUAAAGGACACAUAUAAUGGUGAUAUACCAAACACCAUUAAAGACCUAUGUCAGUUGCCUGGUGUUGGACCUAAAAUGGCUCAUCUCUGUAUGAGUUGCGCCUGGAAUGAAGUUACUGGAAUUGGAGUGGACACUCAUGUGCAUAGAAUAAGUAAUCGUUUGGGAUGGGUAAAGAAACCUACCAAGUCACCAGAAGACACGCGUAUUGCAUUAGAGUCUUGGUUACCUAAAGACCUUUGGCGCGAAGUUAACCACAUAUUGGUCGGAUUUGGACAGACUAUAUGCCGACCCAUAGGUCCUCAUUGUGAUUCUUGUUUAAACAAAAAAACUUGUCCUUCUGCUAUGUUAAACAGCACAUCAGGAAAAAAAAAAUAAACAUUUUUUUAUUGCUAUUAUUUAUUGAUACACUAUUUUAUCAGUAUGAUUAAAAUCUCAUUAAUGUUAUCCAAUAUUUAUUUUUAUUGAUUAUCACGUGUUCAUAAUUUUGUAUAAAACUGCAUUUAUUAAGA